AGAUCGCUCCGCUACAAUAACCACUAUCAUCGUGUGGCAAAAACCACCUUCCAACAGUAAAAUUGUGCCAUUACGCUAUCAUAGUAUAAUUCUCGUGCGCUUAUUCAUUUUAACGGAUUAUUGAUAAAUGGAUGCGGAAUAUAUCUAUCUAUAUAUAAGGCAUAUUCUGCGUUCUCUGAAUCCAUAGAAAACUAUCAUCAAGCGUUAUAAGUUCCAUUUUAUAUUUUAUCUUAACAAUAUAAAAGUGAUGGAUUGCACAUAAUGCAAAUUAAUCUAAAGUUAUGGAAUUAUGAAAAAUAUUUUUGUGAAUUUUGUUUUUUUCAAAUGUUUAUUCUACAAAAAUCGUUGGAGAUCUCUAAGUACACCAUUUUAUCUUGUUGGAGUUGAUAUGAUAAUAUUUUAGGAGAUGAAUUUCCGAAAUUUGAUGGACAAUAAUGUGGCGACACUUCCCUGACAGUACCGGAUGUACAGUUCUGCUCAUACGAGUGUUCUUGUGGAUAUUCAUAGCUAAAUAUAGUAACAACCAAGAGAUUCCAACACGAGGCACGGACUAUGCGUUCGGAAUCAACCAGAAGAAUUUGUUUUAUGACAAUAACAGAAUUCCGGACGGUAUAGAAGUUUCCCCGUACCUGUUUCUCAAUACAACUAAAAAAUUUUUCUUCCUCCUUGAAUCAAAAAUAGACCGACUAGAAAUAACAGUGUCACCGUGCGCAUCGCCAAUCAUUUGGCAAGUUACAUAUAAACCAAGAAAGGAGGCUGGACAAUACGAAAUUGGCAAUCGUGUGGAGAGCUCUGUGGUGGGUUUUCACCCCGUUAUCAACACCAAGGAUACACUAUACACGCUGUCGGGUGAUGUUGCCGAAACUUUACGGAUAGACGCUCCUGAUGAGGGUAUAUAUACGGUAGACAUAACAUCAAUCAAAACAGAGAGCUAUGUUAAAGUGUUUGCCACCACUUCGCCAGACGUUGACAGGUUCCCAGAACUUCCGCAAGACAGCCAUGUUAAAGAAGUAGAAAAAUCUGCCAAAAGUUUCACAGUCGUCUGGAAUCCAAGCCCUGAUGAAAGGCAUUUUGGAAACGAUAUUGAAUACUGUGUAGCUGUAAACAGAAAAAGAAGUUACAAAACCCUUUGUUCUGUGUUAUCUCAUUUGCAUGGUGAUCCAAAACCGACUUUGCCCCCGAAUUUCGGAUUUGGAUUUUCAACUGAUGUGUAUAGGAAAAAACAUGUAAGACAAACAGCAAAACCAAUUAAGCCAGCGAAGAAAGGCUCCAUACAUUAUAAAUGUGUGGGUAGUGACAAGAAAUUCACAUAUGAUAAUAUUGGGAAUGGUAAGGGGUAUUUUGUUGACGUUUAUGUCAAAAAUAACCAAUCCGGCAAAUCCAGACAGUAUCAUGGAGUGUUUGUUAAAACGAAACAAAAACGAAAAAAGUUUUCAAGGCUUAAAGAAGGAAAACUUACAAGUGUUAACUUUUCUCGUAAGAAGAAAAAGCAUACAUAUUCCUUUAAAAUAAAACGCUCGACAAAAGAUGUUCAUCUUGCGAUUAGUACUUGUAUUGGGACAACUUUAGUAGAAGUUAUGGCUAAAAAUGGCACUUUCCAUAAAUCAAGAAUAAAAUCUUCACAAGUGUUGUCAUUUAAAGGCGUGCAGCCUGGAGUUUAUACUUUAGCAUUAUCAAAAUCCGUCUCUAAGAGACAAACAGUGUAUAUUUCAAUGACCUCAAAGAUUAAAGCGAAGAAAAUGCCAGUAUUGCCGGAGGAUACGACAGUAAAAGUGUUUGACUACCUGUCCACUUGUAACAGUGUAACAGUGGCGUGGAUGGGGACUGAAAAGAAACAAAAGUAUUGUUUAUAUAAAAGUGAGCUGUCCUCAUCACAUGAUAAUUCUACUUCCAUUUCAAAGAAACUUAAUCAAUGUGAUGCUUUUGAUAGGAAUCAAAAUGGCGCGCAGAAAAUAACGUGCAAAAAGUUUAGGUAUCGCAAAAAGGAGAAGUCGGUUUUAGCUAUAACAGUGGCUGGCUUGAAACCAGACACAGAAUAUAUAUUCGAUGUAUUUGUAAAUAAAGGAAAUUAUUUUUCAUUUCCAUACAAUAGUGUACGGACGAAAACUAGAACGGAUUGUUACCUUCCAACAUGAGCUGGUAAAUUGAAUUAUCGGGGAAGAAAGAUAUAUUAUUAGUACCGGCGGGAUAGGUGAUUAAGUUAUUUUAGUGCCAAGAAAGUAUUAAUGGCGGCGUCUAAGCCGUUUUCACGUGUCUGGUUUAUUGGAAAUACACAUAUAUUCUUCGUCUAGCGUACUGGUGAGAGAAUCCGUAUGGAACUGAUGAAAAGUGUAUUUUUAUUAAAGAACAAAAUUAAAGGAACGCGUUUUAGCACGAAAACAAACCUUUUAAAAGUACAACAUGUGUUAUUUUUAAAGUAGACGGCCGUCUUAAGUGAAACUUGGGGGAAAGAAACGAUGACAAUUUAUGAAUUGAUCAUGAUAUGUCAAUCAUUGUAUAAAAUCAUUUCCAUCAAUUUCAUGUUGACAUACUAUCAAAAUAAUGUGUAAUCAAAAGAACAGUGUAAUCUGUCAGUGAAUAUAAGAUAUUGUGUCACAGGCUUAUACUUUGUGUAACGUUUGUUCAACUGAUGCACCGUUAAUGAAAAUACAUGAACCUAAAUUUGGCUUCUUAUUAAAGAAUUGUUUACUCAGUAUAAAAAAAAAACAUGCAUGUCUUAAAAUUGAGAUUUCAUUAAAAAUUUUACAGGUAUAACAAUUUGUUUAUAUUUAAGGAUUUCAGCUCGAAUCUACAAUAAUAGAAAAGUAAGUAUAUAUAUAUAUUGUAUAUAAAGGAUAAGCUAUUGGAAGGAUCUAUGAUGGCAAAAUUGAUAGACAUUAUAAAGAGGAUCAAUCGUGAAUUAUGAAUUUUUUUAACAACUUCAUUAUACUGCCGGACUGUUUUUUUCUUUCUUUUUAAAACGUGAUAAAUUAGUAAACAUGUGUUUUUGUACAUUCGUGGUUUAAGAUACGGUGUAAGGGAGACAGAAACCAACAUUAUAUAAAUAAAAACAAUUAUUCAUUUGUUAAGCUGUAAUAUUUUUUUAAUGUUGACAUUAUUGUAAUGUGUACCAUGCAGUUCUAUUUAUUUCAGAUUGCAUUUAAAUAUAUUUUUCCAUGCUUGUAGACACAAACAUUAAGCUUCUACUUAUUAUGCUCGAAAUGUGAGUGAAAUACACACUAAAAUAAAAAGAAAAUAAU